AUGGUUAUUCAAGCUGCAAUUGUACGAAUAAUGAAAGCUCGACAAACAUUAAAACAUGCAUUAUUAAUGCAAGAAGUUAUUCAACAAUUAAGUUCACGUUUUAGACCGAAAAUUCCUGUUAUCAAAAAAUGUAUUGAUAUAUUAAUUGAAAAAGAAUAUCUUGAACGUCAAUCGAAUGAAAAAGAUGUUUUACGUUAUUUAGCAUAA